CUACAUCAUGUCAAACCAGAGCAUCCAAAACGACCAUGAGAAGGCCUACAUGUCUCUGACCAAAGGUUUGAAAGAGCUGGACUUCCGUGGCCCCUACGUUCCCAGCGACCUGUUGCUGAUUGGAGACCAUGCCUUUCCUUUAGCCAUGAACAGUAAAGGUCAGGUCCUGAUGGCUGCCUCUCUGUAUGGUUGUGGAAGGAUUGUUGCUCUGGGUCAUGAGGCCUACCUGACAGCCUUUCCUGCUCUGGUGGAGAACGCCCUGAUCUGGCUGAGGGGCGACGGGUCAAGCAACCCCACUGUAGCUGUGCAUAAAAAUGUAAAGGCGCUUAGCGAUAACCUCAGCAAGUCAACCUUCCAAGUAGAAGUGGUUGGCAGCUUUAGCAGGAAUCUGCAGUCUGGUGUUUACGUGACUGACGUAUACAACGUUGGUGCUGACCCAAAAGACUUGGUGGCCUUUCUGAAAGCAGGAGGAGGGGUGCUGAUAGCAGGUCAGGCAUGGAGCUGGGCUGCAGAUCACCCUAAGGAGGAUACAUUACAUCACUUUGAUGGAAACAAGGUGUCAGGAGUUGCAGGGAUUUACUUUUCCAAGAAUCCGGGUGAAGUUGAACACCUCCCAGUCUACCCACAGAUCCCAGCCUCCUGGAUGGCUGUAACAAUAGGGAAGGAUUUUGAGGACGACUUGCAGUUCUUACUCCACGGUGUUUCAGAGCUCACUAUCCCAAAGGGUACCGUAUCUUCCGAGGUUCUGGUCCAUGGCUCAUUAGCGUUCCCCAUUGGUACCACAGGGGGUGGACAGGCCUUCCUGGCUGGAGCCUACUAUGGUAAAGGUCGGGUCAUCGUAACUGGACACGAAGGUGUUCUGAGACCUAAGGAAAAUGCUUCAUUUUGGAAGAAUGCUCUUCACUGGCUGGAUGAAGGCCGCAGAGGCGUUGUUGGCGUAGCAGUGAAAGAUGGCAUUAAGAUAGCUAAUGACUCAGGUCUGAAAAUGGUAAAAACUGAAUUCAAGAAAGACCUGAGUGUGUUUGUGUCCUCAUCGAACCCCAAAGGGCACUGGGAAGAGAUCCAGAACUUUGUGGCAGAAGGAGGAGGUCUUCUGAUUGCUGGACAUGUCUGGUAUUGGGCACAGAAGCACAAGGACAAAAAUCCAUUGACAGAUUUUGGAGGGAACAAAAUCCUGAGCCAAAUGGGGCUGAGCCUGUUGAAGUCGACUAUUAAUGCAGGUUCACACAAGGUUCCUGAUCCCACCCAGGCCAUCAAAGAUACUUACCAUUUCCGGCACCUUCUCCACCGCUUUGCUAAACACGUAACCGUGAAGGAAAAACUCAGCAAAAAUGAGGAGGAGCUUCUCAAAAAGCUGGGCAGCGAUUGCUCCGUCUACUUGAACAUGAAGGCUUAUGACUGCUGCCACUACUCUCAGGUGGUGGCAACACUCACGGACAUCUUAAAAAAGUCUGGCAUGCCGCAGGUGAGUGAGAAAUGCCCCGUCAAAAGCCCUGAAGACCACCUACUUCUCAAUAUUGGGACAGAGGUUUAUAAAGUCUGCCCAGAUCCAGACGCCCUCCUGCCUUACCUCAUCAAGGAUAAUCCACUCUUACCAGUUGUCUACAACCACAGGGUCCAGAUGGACGUCAAAACAGCAGGGGGGGAGGAGUGGAUCAGCACGGGUCUCUACCUCUCUCCUGGUAUGAAGACAUAUGUGGCCAUACCAGCAGAAAUCAUCAACAAAGGGUGGCAGAUUCAGAUCGGUUGUCAAACAGAUCGACUGAAAGCUGCAGUGUUGAAGAGACCUCCAAACGCCCAUGUACGCUUUCCUGUCACCUCUAAAAUGACGCAGGUCUGGAACUUGUGGGGAGGACUGAUUUACCUUGUGACUCCACCAAAUACUGAGGCAAAAGGAUUAGAGGUUGUUGUGCAGAUGGCUGUUCCUGCACCCUAUUAUAGAUCAGGUGUAACAACAAACACUGAAUGGUCCUCGUUGCGCUCGGCUCCUUCCCCUUGGGCUGAGCUGGAGUUUGAUAACAUCAUCCUCACCGUACCUUCAGACGCGGUUAGAGAGCUGGAGAAUCCUGAUGAGUUGGCAGCACUCUGGAAUGACAUCAUGAAGGCCAUCGCUGACCUGGCUGCCAAACCCCACAAAUUCCCUCGUAAAGAGCGUUUUGUUGCCGACAUUCAGAUUUCUCAUGGUUGGAUGCAUGCAGGGUAUCCUAUAAUGGCUCAUAAAGGUUCUGCAGCUGCAUUGGUGAGCGUUAAAAAUGCUAAGACCAAAGGCAUGUGGGGACCCAUCCAUGAACUGGGACACAACCAACAGAGAAGCUGCUGGGAGUUCCCCCCCAACACCACAGAGGCCACAUGUAACCUGUGGUCUGUUUAUGUGCAUGAAACGGUUUUUGGGAUCAACAGGGACAAGGCUCAUUCAGCAAUGGAUUCUGCAAAACGAACUAAACGAGUCAAGGACUACAUUGAAGGAGGCAGAAAGUUCAGCAGCUGGAGUGUGUGGACGGCCCUGGAGACAUACAUACAGCUUCAGGAAAAGUUUGGCUGGGACGCGCUUAAGAAAGUGUUUGCAGCCUAUCAUAAGAUGAAAAAGUUCCCUAAAGGCAACCCAGAGAAGAUGAAGGUCUAUGCUGAGACGUUCUCCAAGGCUGUAGGGAUGAACCUGACAGGAUUCUUCAAAGCCUGGGGGUGGACUAUUGAACAGGCUACUGAAAAGCAACUAUCCAGCCUGCCCGCCUGGACAGAUCACCCCAUGGUCUAACAUCACUACCUGGACACCGAAUAAUUUCUGAGCAUUGAGCAGUUUCUAAGAUGGGCUAUAAUCUAUGUAAAUUCAGCACUUUCUAGUUUAUAAUGUUAAUUGUUUCCCAGGGAAGAGGAAAGAAUAUAAGAUUACUGGGUAAUGUAAAAGUCUAGCUUAAUAUUUUUUGGGUUGAUAGAAAAAUCAAGCC